CCUAUUAUAUGUACUAAAUAUAAUAAUACAAGUUUUACAAUACGUAAUCAUAAUACUGAAAAAGUGAUUAAGCAUGCCAUAACCAAAGGAAUAAUAGUUUGGUGGUACAAGUAAAAGAGAUUCCAUAAGUAAAACGCCUCAGCUACUGAAUUCGACAGUCCUCUCCGAAUCACAAGUCAAUGGCGGAUUCUUCGGAUCCUCCGCUCGUCCUCGUUCACCGUCGGCCGUCUCUAGACUACUUCGACGAGCUUCUGAGUCGUAACUUCCGAGUCCUCAACCUUCACGACUCAUCGGAUCCACUUCCGAUCUUCCUCUCCCGUCACGCCUCCUCCGUCAGAGCUUUCGUCAACGUCGGGAGGCUUGAGAUUGACGCAGAGCUCCUCUCCCACCUACCUUCUCUACAGCUACUCGUCUGCACCAGCGUCGGCACCGAUCACGUCGAUCUCGCCGAGUGCAUGCGUCGCGGCGUCGCCGUUACGAACGCUGGUGACGCCUUCUCGGAGGACGUGGCUGAUUGCGCCGUCGGUUUGCUGAUUAGCGUUCUACGUCGAAUUCCGGCCGGCGAUCGAUUCGUCAGGUCCGGUAAUUGGGCGAAAUCCGGGAAUUUCCAGCUCGGGACCAAGGUAAGUGGAAAGCGAGUUGGAAUAGUUGGAUUGGGGAGCAUCGGAUCACUUAUCGCCAAAAGACUCGAAGCCUUUGGCUGCAUCAUCUCUUACAACUCAAGAAGUCAGAAACAGAGCAUUCCAUACCAAUACUCCCCCGACAUUCUCUCCUUAGCAGCAAACAACGAUGUGCUCGUCCUCUGCUGCGCUCUGACGGACCAAACUCGCCACAUUGUGAACAGAGAGGUGAUGGAGUCGCUUGGGAAGAACGGGGUUAUUAUCAAUGUGGGACGAGGAGGACUCAUUGAUGAGAAGGAGAUGGUCAAGUGUCUGGUCGAAGGAGUGAUUGGUGGUGCUGGUUUGGAUGUGUUUGAGAACGAACCAAAAGUUCCUGAGGAGUUGUUUGGUUUGGACAAUGUUGUGCUGUCUCCACAUGCUGCUGUGGCCACGCCAGGGUCUUUGAACAAUGUUACGCAGGUUGCUCUUGCUAACUUGAAGGCGUUUUUCUCGAACCAGCCUUUGAUUUCCCCGGUUCGAUUGGAUUGACAGAUCGAUUGAUCAAUGGGGCUAAUAAUCAGUCUACUAUUAAAUUAUUGAACGAUUAAGAAGAAGAAAGUGUAUUAUUUAUCAUUGAAUCCCCCCUAUAUAUUAUAGGAGCAGACAGAAAGAGAGAAUAUUACAGUUAAGAUGCUAAUGUGUAAUUACUAAUUA